AAGACUGGACUAGCCUGAAUUUCAGGAGUUGUGAUUAAUCAAAAGUUUCUACACUGAUCUAAGAUAAGAAUUAUUGAUUGUUGUCGUGGUUGAUGAAUCGAAGGCGAUGGAGCAGGGUGUGUUUCCUCUAAGCCGCUGUCAGCUCUCUCUGAGGAACAUCCUGUCUGUACACAACCAACCGGUGUGUGAGGAGCAGGCCUGGGCGCUGUGCUAUCAGCUCUGCUCACUGCUGGAGAGGAACUUCAGUCUGGAUGACGAGCAGAGUUACAGCUCCUGGAGGAGUUUCAGACUCCCCGGACCCGAGGGGAUUUUUCUCUCUCAAGAUGGAAACGUCUCUCUGAGAAUAGAGCACGGCAGAGUGGAACACCAGUUUGUAAUCGAGACAGAGGAUCAGACGGUCGACUACGUGGGUCGUCUGAUGUACUCGUGUCUGGACUGGGGUCUUGGUGCAGACGUAGAGCGAGAGCUGGACGAGACGCUGGAGCUGCUGGUGGAUCAGAUGACCAGGGUGGACAUCAGACUGGGUGCCGAACGUUGCCUCCAGCCCAUAGGGACCAUCUCGGAGGUCCUGCAGGUUUGUGAAGAGCGGCUUUAUAACCCGAGUCAGGCGGCUCAGCAUUACAGGAGUGUGUGCGCUACGCUUUACUCACACACCAUCGAGCUGUGCAACUAUCUACAGAUUAUCCAGCAAACCCAGGAGAGUUUGCAGAACCUGAUCAUGGAAUCGGAGAACAGUCUGGUGCCGCCGGACAUGACGGCUAACUGGGUGAAGAAAAAUAAAGAGUUCACCUGGAAGCACCUGAUGGACGAGUUGAGCAGAGGCGUUGUCCUGCGUCCUCCGAGGGACAACCUGAACCCCAGCGUCCCUCUGUCGGUCGACACGUCUCCUUUUACCCAACUCCUGCAAGACAUCCAGCUCAGACGCUACACGCUGCGCAAAGUCAAGGCGUUGGAGAACGGUGGUGGAGAGCAAAGAGCCGAUCCUCACCAAGCGCUGCUGGAUGUUAUACGGUCGGGGCCUAAACUGCGGCCGGUCUCGGAGCGAAAACUUAAACCGAGAGUCCAGAACCUGAAACACGAGGUCAGUCUGCAUGAGCUGCUGAUGCAGGAGAUCCGCUCCACUGACCCGGUGAAGCUCCUGUCCUCGUGUCAAAGGAGACGGCCAUGCAAAGAAACAGUAACUAGGUCUCCAAAUCUGUCAGGGGACAACGGCACGUCGCCUGUGAAAUCCCUGACGUCGGUCUGUGAAGAUUCAAAUGAAUACAUGUCCUUUCUGAAUGCAGUACACAACUCCAGCCAGGAGGGGGCAUCAUGUCGAGAAAUGUUGUGUAAAGAUGGUUCGGCUCCACAAGAGGACAGUUAUACAGCAGGUUCAUGUGUGAAGAAUCUCAGUUUCUCUCCUGUCCUGUCCUCCACACCUCUGAGUCUUCCUGAAGAGUGCGGGCUCUACCGGGGGAAACGGCGUGCAUGCUCCUUGCCCGGCAACCUGGAAGUCCGCCAGCCAGCACCGAAGAACAAAGUUUCUGUUCCUACAACGAUUGCUGAUGUCAUCAAAACACAUUACAGGAAGAAGGGGAAGGCGUCGGGUGAGCUGUACAGGAACUGGCGGAUUUGUUCAUGCUGCGCAAAGAGAAGUUUGUUUUUCACCUGGCACAACUUCUGCUCUCUGUGCAGUAGGGUUGUGUGUCCUGAGUGCUGUUUAGAGCUGCGUCUACCAUUUAAAUGGUGCAUCAACCUCCCCAUAAGCUUCUUCAAGAAGAUUGUGCUGAGAAAAGAAUCAGAGGAAAGUCAGAGGGACUUCUGGAACGAACGAUGGACGUGGGAUCCGUCCCGGAUUCCUCUGGUUCUGACAUCGUCCCAUGUAUCCGCUUCCGUCGCUCCUCACACUCUGGCUAUGAGAGACUGGCAUAAUCAGGACAUGUGUGUCGGAUGUCAGGGGCUUCUUCUGGAGGCGUGCGACUCACCGGCGCCACCUUUCAGGAUCAGAGCUCCUCAAGAGGUUUAAUCAACGUCUGUCUUUCUCUUUGUGCUCCACCUUCAGCCUUUAAUGUAUGUACGAUAUUCCAAAUGCAGGACGCUGCGUGAUGUGUGUUAGCUGAUGUUGUGUAUUUAUGGGGUAUUUUUUUUUUUUUCUUUUUUUCCUCUUUCCACGUCCGACGUUGGCGCUUUUAAGCCCUCUUCCACACUGUUCCUUUAGCCACCUGUCACUGUGGAGGUGUGUGUGUGUGUUGCGUUUAUUUAUUUAUCUAUAUUUAUUUAUUUAUUUAUUUAUUUAUUUUCUUGAUGUUCUGGGCUGCUAAAGCACAGAGGCAUUUAAUAUCACCAGUGUCCUCGCUGUACAGAAUAUUUAACAUUUUUAUACCAUUUUUAAUAUCGUAAUGGAAAUAAAUAUAGAUUUUUUUU